AGAGCCCCGGCGGGUGGGAGUCUCUGUAGGGUGCGGGUCCCCUCAUCCCGGUCGCCGGGAGAGCUAUGGCAGCGGCGGCAGAAGAGGCGGAGUGCAGUUUCGUGCGCCCGCUGGAAAAGCGGGACGGCACGGUGCUGCGACUCCAACAGUACGGGUCCCGCGGCGUGGGCUGUGUGGUAUGGGACGCCGCCAUCGUCUUGGCCAAGUACCUGGAGACGCAGCAUUUCUCAGGCGCUGCCCCCGGGACACAUGCGCUUUGCCGGAGAACCGUGCUGGAGCUGGGAGCCGGCACCGGCGCCGUGGGGCUCAUGGCGGCCACCCUCGGGGCAGAUGUUAUAGUCACAGAUCUGGAGGAACUACAGGACUUGCUGAAGUUGAAUAUUAAAAUGAAUGAGCAUCUCAUCACCGGUUCUGUGCAAGCCAAGGUACUGAAAUGGGGCGAAGAAAGAAAAGACUGUUUUUCUUCACCUGAUUACAUAUUGAUGGCUGACUGUAUAUACUAUGAAGAGUCUUUGGAGCCAUUGUUAAAGACUUUAAAGGAUCUCAGUGGGCCUAAGACCUGCAUCAUAUGUUGUUAUGAACAAAGAACUAUGGGGAAAAAUCCAGAAAUAGAGAGAAGGUAUUUUGAGCUUCUUCAGUUGGAUUUUGACUUGGAAAAGAUUCCUUUGGAGAAACAUGAUGAAGAAUAUCGGAGUGAAGAUAUUCAUAUUUUAUACAUCAGAAAGAAAAAAUGAAAUUACAGUUUUGAAACCUUUCAUCAUUUUGUCCCAAGUUUGCAACAACUGGAUAAGCUAAACAUAUGAAUUGGGCUUAUAAGAAUAGUAUGAGAAAGUUUUCAUCACAUAGUUUCAUGGCUUAUCACAGACACUGGAUUUGAGUAACAGAAGUAGAAAUAUGGGUGCUACUUUGAAUUCAUAGAAGAAUUCUACUAAAAGUCAACCAAUGUGACCUGCCAGCAUUCCUAAAGAUGGUGGAUUCCCUGCAUGUUGGAAAAGACUGAAAUGUGACCAAAGUUGUUGUUUGACCCAACAUGAAAUUCUGUUUUAAAGACCAUUUUGUGGUGGAUCAUGUGUUGGAAAAAAAUGUAUGCUAAAAGAAUAAGUUUGGCAUGCUUUCAAGAAAAUGAAGAACAUUGAUUUUACUUCUUGAAGGAAUAAUUUUUGAGCCUUACAUCUGUACUUCAAAUUGUAUUCAAUCUAGAUAAAUGUAAAAGAGGAUCUCAUUGGUUUGAGUUUUGUCUCUAAUAAAGUUAGCAGUCUUUGUUUUACAUAUAUUCCCCCUUUUUUUUUUUUUUGGUGAGGCAAUUGGGGUUAAGUGACUUGCCCAGGGUCACACAGCUAGUGUUAAGUGUCUGAGGUCGGAUUUGAACUCAGGUACUCCUGACUCCAGGGCUGGUGCUCUAUCCACUGUGCCACCUAGCUGCCUCAUAUAUUCUCUUUUUAAUUACAUUUUAAGCUGAUUUUAAUACUUAAAAUGUCUCUUGGUUCAGAGACAAGCUAAGCAGGUUCACAUUUGCUUUUAAAGAUUUUUUUCUUUUUGAGAAAUAUGAACAUUUCCUUGUACAAAGAAGUAUGGAAAAAAGAUUGUUUCUGACAGAAACUCAAUUAUGUUGAUAGUUAUUUUUAAAUGUAAAACAUGGUAGUUCCAACACUACCCUGCAUGUCUAUGUCUGCUUCUGAAAUUUCUUCUCUAUUUUGUGUAUUUUUUAAAUGUUUCAUUAAUGCUCUUUUCAGUUAUUUUCUUUUUGAUAUCACUGCCUCUCCAUCCC